AUGGAGAUUUCUUCCCCUCCGCCGAGGGACGACGACCACAGCACGGGUCGCCGAGUCCGCGAGCUCUACCGCUACUUCCAACCCGAACGCACCGGCAGUUUUCAAGAUCGGUAUCAAGGCUCUUCGUCUGAAGACACACCACCCCCGACCUUUCUGGAUCCCUCGCUUCCACCGCCGUCCCCAUCUCUAUGCUCACAAUCGCUAUCGUCGGCCCCCGCCAUCGGUCCAGCCUCGGCGGGGCUAGUUCCCGAGGCCCUGGUCCUGGGGGACCCUAAUGCGACUUUGACUUCUUUCGCGCAGCUCGCCGCCUUGCGUCUCAACGUUGAGCGCGUGAUGAUCAGUGUCUCAGAUCGCCAGUCACAGUUCAUUCUAGCCCAAAGCACACGUACUGGUGGUGUCAGUGACUAUGAGUCUACUGGCGCUGGCGUCUGGAAUGGGUGCUCUACUGUCUCUUCAAACGCCUGGAGCAUGUGCAAGGUAGGUGCUCACUCGUCAGAGAAGUUCGUAGAUCGCCUACUCAACUCUGCGUUGCGUCCUUCGUUACAGGCCACUGUUUCUCUACCACCCUCCAAUCGAGAGCGAGGACAGCGCAGCUUCCUGGUGAUCAAUGACUUGCGCGACGAAGACCGCUACAAACGCCUCCCAUUCGUACAGGGAGAUCCCGGAUUCCGAUUCUACGCCGGUACGCCCUUGACGACCGAGACCAACAUCAACAUCGGCUGCUUUUUCGUCCUAGAUACCAAACCACACAAUGGGCUGGAUGACGCGGAGAAAGAGACCCUUGGGGCUCUAUCGGGGUUGAUUAUGGACUACCUGAAAGUCAGCCGUCAGGCAUCGGAAGGUCGCCGCGCAGCUCGACUGUCCCGGGGACUGAGCUGCUUCGUUGAGGGCAGUUCCAGCUUUGUGGAUGCGACUCAUCCGGCGUCCGUUGGCAGCUCUGCUCCGGUACCUAGCACCCCGCCGUCAUCGAGCCAGAGGGCCAACCAUUUGUCCGUGGGGUCAUUCAACAGUUUUGACAUACCGUCCAGACGGUCACACAGCUGCGAUGGCCGCUCCUUCAGCUCGGCGUCGGACUACAAAGCUGACCAAGGCGUGUCGUCAGGGCCUGACACCCCGCUACCUGAUUGGUGGUCUGGCAGUCGCCAGAAGGAGCUGAAUGGGCUGGACGAGUCCCAGGGUCACACCUGGGCGUUUCGACGAGCGGCCAACUUGAUCCGAGAAAGCCUGGAGCUGGGUGCUGAAGGCGGCGUCAUCUUUGUGGAAAACAGCAAUAGUCCAAUGCUAGAUGCGGACACGGGGAGUGAUUGCUCUGUCGAAGGCAACAAUCCCGCGCCGGUGCUGGCCAUUUCCACCAACGACGAGCCGUUUGCGCCAGGCCCGGGCUCCAAGGUUCUUUACCCGGCCGCGAAUCUUGAGAGCUCGUUUCUGCAUCAACUCCUGCGCCGAUAUAGCAAGGGAAAGCUGUGGUCAUUCCAUCGAGAUGGAAUGAUCUCCAGUUCCGACGAUGAAUCACCGCGACAGAGUCGCUCACGGGGGCCGAAAGGCUCUGAGAUGGGCAAAGGCGGGUCUAAGAAGUGGAAGUCGAUGGAGAACUCCAUGCUGAAUCUCUACUUUCCCAACGCGAGCCAGGUCAUGUUCGUGCCGCUCUGGAAUUCCGCGAACUCGCAGUGGUUUGCUGGGUGCUUUUGUUGGAACACAGAGGAGACGCGCGUCUUCAGCUCCUCGGUGGAGCUGAGUUCGGUCCUCGGCUUUGGGUCUUCGAUCAUGGCCGAGUGCAACCGGGUUGAGUCGCUUAUUUCUGACCGGCAAAAGGGCGACUUCAUUGGCAGCAUCUCACACGAACUGCGAAGUCCGUUGCAUGGUAUUCUGGCAGCCGCCGAGUUUUUGAACGGAACGAACCUAGACGAAUUCCAGGGCUCCCUCUUGGAGACAAUCAAUGCGUGUGGGCGCACCUUGCUAGAUACGAUGAACCAAGUGCUCGACUUCAGCAAAAUCGUAUCUUUGGAACGGACGUAUCGCAACCUGAAGCGAAAUAAAACGUCGCCCGCGGAUGUGAAGGGUCUGGACCGGUUUUCGGCUCAUCUGGAUACGUAUGUGGCGACCGACUUGGCCCUCCUGGCCGAAGAGGUGGUGGAAGGCGUGUGCCUGGGCCAUGCCUAUGGCCAGCGCUCAGCCGCUCCCUAUGAUCAGCCGGUGGUCUUACCGCGGUCGAUGCGAGGCCAGCAUAAGCCCGACAAUGAGACCAAGCUCAAGCCUCGGUCGGAGGUUGAGGUGGUCAUGGACAUUGCUCACAAUGAUUGGAUCUACAAGACGCAGCCCGGGGCUCUUCGACGCAUCAUCAUGAAUGUUUUCGGCAACGCCAUGAAAUACACCCACAGCGGUCGCGUGUCUCUGCAUCUGGCGGUCACCGAGGCGUCGGAAGGUCGCUCUCGUCGGCACGGGGUCGAGGAGCUGGUCACCUUGACCGUGUCAGAUACCGGCAAGGGCAUCUCCGAGGAGUUCCUGCGCGGUCGCCUGUACACUCCGUUCGCCCAGGAGGACACACUGGCGGUCGGCACAGGUCUGGGUCUCUCGAUCGUCCGGAGUCUUGUCAAAUCGUUAAAGGGCAGCAUCCACAUUCACAGCCGUCCGGGGGAGGGAACCAUUGUCAAGGUCUCCCUUCCUUUGGUGCGGCCGGGCCCGGAGUUGGAGUUGGAAGAACCCAUUCGUCCCUUGUCGCCUGCCAGCAAGGAGAAGGAUGUCUUAACUGAAAGCCGUCUCCUGCGCGAGACUCAUGUCGGCCGACGGGCCGCCAUUCUUGGGGUGGAUCCGGCCGAGGCUGGCUCGCAUCCCCUGUGGUCGAUCUACACCCGAUACCUGACCGACUGGUACGGCCUGGAGCUGGUCUCCUGGCCGUCCGGCACGCCUGUGGAUAUCGUCAUGGCCGAGGAGCAAAGUUUGGCUGACAUCCUCCCUAAUGUCGACGCUACCCUUCCCUCUCUUCUCAUUCUCUGCAACAAGUCUGUCGACUACACGACGGCGCGCUCGCAAUGGUCAUCGCUGGCCAACGUGGUGAACAUCGUUCGUCGCCCAUGCGGUCCGCACAAGCUCGCUCGUAGCAUCCGCAAAUGCCUCGACACGCAGACCGAGGAUGCUCCGACUCACACCUUCGAGCUCGCAGAACGGCCGCGACAAAAUACCCUGUCAUCCGCUGGUGAUGUAUCUCCGGGAGAGAAGCUGUUCGAAAUUACGACCGAGACGUGCGAGCUGGCGCCAGAAAUGACGACCAGCUCGGGGUCGGCCUCAUCGGUCGAUUAUCCACGCUCUCAGACCUCUUCGGAUGGAAUGGAGCCGCUCUAUGCCACCUCCUCUCCGUCUCUACCGAUCCAGCCGCCUUCGCCAUUCAAAGAGGCCAUGAUUCCGGAUCUGGAGCGGCGCGCGCGGAUCCUGGUGGUCGACGACAACAGCAUCAACCUUAACCUGAUGCUGACGCUGAUGAAAAAGCGCAAGCUGGCGGCAUUGGACUCGGCUGAGAACGGCAAGUUGGCGGUUGAUGCAGUCGAACGGAUGCAACAAGGAUAUGACAUAAUCUUCAUGGAUAUAUCUAUGCCAGUGAUGAACGGGUUCGAAGCAACGCGGGCCAUUCGCGCGAUGGAGAAAGAACGCGGCUCGGGCUACAAACCGGCCGUAAUCAUCGCUUUGACAGGGCUGAGCAGUUCGCGUGAUGAAUCCGAGGCGCUGGCUUCAGGGGUGGAUCUAUUCCUCACGAAGCCGGUGUCUUUCAAGGAGGUGUCGCGGUUAUUAACCGAAUGGGAGGAGAAGGGGCUGGAUGAUCGGCGUUUGUCAGGUAACUAA